AUGGCAUGCUUUGUGCCUUUCAAUAAUAGGAAUUUGGACAUAAGUUUUCUUGUACUCCGACCAACGGUUGUGUUUGUUGAUGAACUAGUCGAGGCGUUAAAGCAAUUUUCCCUUUGCACUGAGAAUCUUGGUUGUGUUCACAGCGCAAUCUUUAGAAGUAUUCAUGGGAACAUGAUAGUAUGGUACGGAGCAUGGAUGAAGAGAUCUAAUGAAAAUAAGCAACCAAUAAAUGCAGCUAUGAUUUCCAUGUUAACAAAUGUAGAAAGCAUGGCCAUCUUAAUUGAUAGCAGUUUCUUUGAAGCAUACGCUGGUGAAUCAAAGGAUGGUUCUCCAGCAGCAAAAUUCUUCAAUGGCGACAUUAUCUCCCUAAGUUCUGCCACAGUUUCGGGGAAUGAAAACACGUUUUCUUAUGCGUGUUUAACUAUAUUUAAAGACCGUUUUCUCAAAAUGGAAGGUGCAACUGCUGGAGUUUGCCUGAAAUCUCAGACUAUGCCAAGAAUCGUUGGUCUUUUUGUGUGGAAAUCUCUCCAGUUCUGUUAUUCGCACAUUCUAAACUCGGAUAAUCGAAACACGAUUCUCCCGUAUUUCGGUGGGAUUCCUUUAAAUGUAAAGUACGACGUUUUUAGAGUUGUCUACGUCAGUGGAGACAAUGCUGUGAAUAUGCAGUUUUAUCCUCGUUAUAAAAUGCUGGAGAAUGUAUAA